CAAAAAUUAAAACACCAGGCAAAUAUCACAAGCUAGAAAAGAAAAUGGAGAAGAUAGAAGCACUUUUGGUAGCCAAGGCGGAACACGUUCAACUCGUGGACACAAAGAGACAGGACAUCAGAGACAUGGUGGCAGCAAUAAACCGCCUAUCUGCAGGACAGAGCCGGUAUGGGGAAAACUCACAUAUAACAUCUGAAUGUACAUCGAAGGAAAUUGAGCGUAUAUGUUAUACAUGUGGCAACACCGGACACUACAGCAGAUCCUGCGCCUUAAACCGAAACCGGAGAGAUUCACGAGGACCAUCGCCCGAUAGGUACCGAGACAGAUCGCCAAGGGACGAAUCUUAUGAGCGACCGCAAACAAGCCAACUACGCUGCCAAAUUUGUGACAAACCUGGCCACGCCGCAUUAGCAUGCCAGGACUACAUGAAGAACCAAAAAAACUAACUACGCCUCAGAAUGCCAGUGAUUCUCAGGUAAUUCAAAAACCAGAGGCUUCACGAGAAUCAAAACAACCAACCAGAGCCUACCUAAACAUGGACGUACAAAUAGCUCCGGGAGAGGUCACAACAACGCCAGCAAGAGCCCCAAACUUCCAACGAGACGUACGGGCAUCUGUAGAAUUCCGCCCGUACAAGAUAACUUACGCCGAUAUUGAGCCCAACGAAGAAACGAAGAUGAUUAACGAAACAGACUUCCUGGUGACAAUUAUAAAUAAGUCAAAAUCGCCAUUCAAACUGCAGAAAGGCACUCCAAUCGGAACUAUAAAAAACGGCGAAAAACUGACAACAACGCAUACACCAAAACACAAGCCACGGAUUACAGUAAACUUGGUAGAUGACACACGAGGAGAAGAAGAAAAACCACGCGUCAUCAUAGUGGGAGACUAUCAAAUGCAUGGAGCAGCGGACGAGGUCAAGAAAACGCUGACUCCCUUUGCCAAGGUUGAAACGUUUUGCUCAGCCGGAGCCGAGAUGAACGAGGUAUUGGAUAACCUAAAUCAUAUAACACCUGAAAAAAAUCGGAAAACAAUUUUAGUUAUAGUUGCAGGAAACCGCGAUUUUGACCGCCAAUAUUGCCUCCUAAAUCACUCAGCCAUUACAAAUAACAUGCCACUGGGACGCAUUAGGGAGCUGGUCCAAUCGUACCACGUAGCAUAUGCUACAAUACUACCAAGGUAUGACGUCACCAGACUAAAUGACAAAAUUGGCCUUGUGAAUGCGGACAUGGUAGGACAGUUGAUACCAGGGAAAAACUUAACAAAUAUUCGCCUAAACAGUGAGAACCUACCAAAGACAGCAUUUAAUAACAAUGGCAGAGAUCUUAAUGAAAAAGGCAAUAAAUUAUUAACAGCAAUAAUAACGGAUCACGUGAAAAAAAUUAUAAAUGAUCAGCUGGAAUUGGGAAUUGUAAGUGCAAUUGAAAAUGGCACCAGAAAAAAAUUAAACCUAAAACGCCCUCUCCGAAUCAAGGGGGUGGUAAAUUUUAAAGAAACAUCCCUUAUGUUAUGUUAGAUACAGGAUCUCCCGUAAACUUAGCGCAGCCAGGAUUAGUAAACAAAGACGAAGUACGAGAGGUGAGAAACUUUCAACUUUUAACUGCAUCAAGUGAACAAUUUUCGCCGAAAGGAGAAGGGAUACUCGACGCUGACCUAGGACCGGAAAGACUGCAAAUUUCAUGCUUCAUCACCGACAAAAUUCCAGUUCCUGCAAUUUUAGGAAUACCUUUCUUAACAUAUUAUUCGGCCCUCAUUUGUUUCGACACGCAAAAAGUUAUACUCAGAAAAAACGUGAAACACCCCAUUAAGCUCGAAUUCAUUCAAGAUACGCCAAAUUUGAAAACAACCCAGCGGCCCCAACUACAGGAUGAUGACCAA